AUGGAGCCCGUUUCUCUAGCAUUUGCCGCUUGUUCCAUGGUGGAGCUCUGCAUCAAGUCUGGACGGGGUCUUCACACCCGAUGUCAGGCUUAUAUACACGCCGAAGCUGAACUCGCAAAUGCCCUUCUCCGCAUCGAUGGUUAUUGGCUGAAGAUCGAGGAUGAAGUCACCACUCUACGGGACAUAUGGCAUGGACUAGACGGCCGUCUUCAAAUCCACCAUAAUCAAGUUCUUCAGGCGCUUUUACAGAUUUUGCAAACCGCAUAUAAUACACUCGGUGAUCUUUUUGGAGAGACCGAGGAAACCGAAAGCUUGGCAGCCGUUGCGAAGCAGGGGAAGAUCCAGCGACUGAAGUAUGCGACCUACGGAAGAAAAUCGCUAGACCGUAUCGUGGAUCAACUUGAAGAGUGGCAUCGACACUUUGACCCCUCGUGGAUUCUGCUAUCGCGUCUCUCCGUCCCGGUCAUUCAGCAGCAGCUCGCAGAAAAAGGACAACAUGGUAACAAAGCCAUAGUGCCUAUCAUACAGCUCCAGGAGGCACAUGUCGAAAGCAAUUUACCUCCAGAUAGGUCUUCGCCGACAUCAAUUUUCCUCGAUGCCGAUUAUCCCAUUGAGAAUCUGAAGGGGAUCCCAUUCACUACCGCCUCGAUCGGAUUAGCACCAACCGGGAAGAUGGUGAUUGUCGAUAAAUAUACCUUACUCGAGGGUGCCAAUUACAAAGUUACCAAAAAGGAUGUCCGCGAUCUAGCUGUCAUAAUGUCGAAGGUCAACCCAACAUUCCCCUCCCUACUGCCUUGUCAAGGUGUCAUCACAGCAAAAGACCAAUCGCACUUUCGCAUGCUCUUUACCAUACCCCGCGAGAUGAGCUCUCAUGAGAUUUGCAGCCUUCGAUCUAUGCUAUUGAAUCGGGCCGAGACCUACCCUCUUAACGAACGAGUGCAUCUGGCUGUAUCGCUGGCCCGCUCCGUGGUUUUUCUCCAUGCUUCUCGGAUUGUGCACAAGAAUAUAUCCCCGGAGAAUAUCAUCAUAUUUCACCCGGGUGUGGGCGUUCUUGGAACUCCGUUACUGGUGGGAUUUGAACGGUUUCGAUUUGAAGCAGAGCAUUCAAUGAUGUUUGGUGACAGUCUCUGGGAAAAGGAUUUAUAUCGCCACCCCGCACGGCAGGGGGCUCGCCCGGGACAGAUAUAUAACAUGCGGCAUGACAUCUAUAGCAUCGGGGUAUGCUUACUAGAAAUUGGAUUAUGGGGCUCAUUUGUGUACCACAUGGGUGACCAGACUGUCCCCAGCUCAGAGCUACCAAUCGCGAAUUUGUUGACUGCCACGAACAAGCUAAGGGCGGCAGCUGAAAUUAAGUCUGUUUUUGUUGACAUGGCCGAAUCUCAUUUACCCCGGAUUAUGGGCAGAAUCUAUACGGAUACAGUCAUCAACUGUUUGACUUGCCUGGACUCUGGCAGUCUGCUUUUCCAGGACGAAAGUGAAUUUGAGGAUGAGGAUGGAAUUACAGUCGGCGUUCGAUAUAUUGAAAAGAUCUUGUUUGAAAUAGAGAAGAUCGUAGUCUAA